AUGCGAUUAUACAGCUAUUCGAAUUUGCUGCUUCAGGUAUACAGAUGUCCAGUAACAGGAGCUGAAAAUUGGCACGAGACUGUCACUGCCUUACCUGAUGACCCAUACGUGCAAAUAACUGCUCGAGACUGUGAGACUCGAGGCGAUGAAGUUUGCAGUAGAUGGCAGAGUCCCGUAAAUCAUCUUCUCAUUGAGCAAAUUGGUCGGCGAUUCAAAUGGAAAAUUAUCUACACUCAUCUGAUUCGACAGGAGAGCAACGGCCAAUUCACAAACUUCUUCCAUCACGUUGAUGUGAUGUUUAAGAACAUAGCUCCAUUCUUCCUACACGGACACGGCAAGCAUACGUGCUUCAGGUAG